AAUACGCGAUAUGAUUGGUCGAGAGAUACGCCAAUCAUAAUGUUUUGGUCUGUGAUUGGACAAGACUGUGCGCAGCGGUCGUCGUAGUGGCGCACUGACUUGACCGUGCAUCUUUGAGUAACUUCUGUCUCUGAGGCAGCGGCUGCAGCGAAACAUCCUACAACACAAAAACUCCCAAAGGCAAUCUUGUCCACAUGCGCAAUCAUGAGCGAGGAAUGGCAAGGGACAACCACAACUUCCAGCACAUCCUUCUUUGCGAGUCAACCAAAUGACUCUAAAAAAGAUUUCUGGAACAAUAACAAUGAAGGAGAGUUUGGAAGAGGCAGAGGGGGCAGAGGACGUGGAGGUGGAAGGAGGGGAGGCUUCAAAUCAUUUAAUGAUGGAGAUGAGAAUGGAAAUACUGAUGAGGAUGGUGGCUGGAACAUAAGUGGUGGUGGUGACGACAGUGGAGGAUUUCGGGGAAGAGGAGGCAGAGGUCGAGGUCGUGGAUUUGGCAAGUCAGGCAACAGAGAUUUUAAUGAUGACUAUGACGGUGGUUCUGAAAAUGGCUUCAGAGGCGGUGGAAGAGGAGGACGAGGGGGCAGAGGAGCCCGUGGAGACUUUGGCUCAGUUGGUGACCGAGGUGGUCGUGGUGGAUUUGGUGGCGGAUACAGAGGAUGUGACGAAGAAACCUUUUCAUUACAAGGAAGUGACAAGAAGGAUGGGGCAGGCGACGGAGAAAAGCCGAGGGUUAUGUAUAUUCCUCCCAGCCUCCCUGAGGAUGAAGACACGAUUUUCUCUCAUUAUGAGUCUGGAAUCAACUUUGACAAAUAUGAUGAGAUCAUGGUUGAAGUUAGUGGGGACAACCCCCCUCAGGCACUCAUGAGUUUUGAAGAGGCUGGGCUGUGUGAGUCUUUGAAGAGGAAUGUGGCUAAAUCGGGUUAUGUGAAGCCCACCCCUGUUCAGAAACAUGGCAUCCCCAUCAUCGCAGCAGGCAGAGACCUGAUGGCCUGUGCCCAGACUGGCUCUGGGAAAACGGCAGCGUUCCUGCUACCCAUCCUCCAGCAGCUCAUGGCUAACGGAGUAGCAGCCAGUCAGUUCAGUGAGCUACAGGAGCCCGAGGUCAUUAUAGUGGCUCCCACCAGAGAGCUCAUCAACCAGAUCUACCUUGAGGCGAGGAAGUUUGCCUAUGGAACCUGUGUUCGCCCUGUUGUCGUAUACGGAGGAGUAAAUACUGGAUACCAGGUCAGAGACCUUUGCAGAGGAUGUAAUGUUCUGUGUGGAACACCAGGAAGACUGUUGGACAUGAUCAACAGGGGAAAGGUUGGCCUGACAAAAAUACGGUACUUUGUAUUGGAUGAGGCUGACCGAAUGUUGGACAUGGGCUUUGAGCCGGACAUGCGCCGCCUUGUGGGCUCCCCGGGAAUGCCUGCUAAAGAGGACAGGCAGACCUUGAUGUUCAGCGCCACAUUCCCAGACGAUAUCCAAAAGCUGGCAGCGGACUUCCUCAGAAAAGACUACCUGUUUCUUGCUGUGGGAAUUGUGGGUGGAGCCUGUACUGAUGUACAGCAGGAGUUAGUUGAGGUCACAAAGCUUUUGAAGAGGCAGAAACUUCUAGAGUUUCUUAAAGUGACAGGAACCGAACGCACUCUGGUCUUUGUAGAGACAAAGAGACAAGCAGAUUUCAUUGCUGCCUUUUUGUGCCAGGAGAAGAUCCCCACCACUAGUAUUCAUGGAGAUCGGGAGCAACGUGAGCGAGAGCGAGCUCUGUCAGACUUCCGCUCAGGGAAGUGUCCUGUCCUGGUGGCCACCUCAGUGGCUGCUCGAGGUCUAGACAUCCCAGAUGUGCAGCAUGUGAUCAACUUUGACCUGCCCAAUAACAUAGACGAGUAUGUGCACCGCAUCGGGAGGACAGGCCGUUGUGGGAACAUUGGCCGAGCAGUGUCCUUCUUUGACCCAGAUAAUGAUGGUCAGAUGGCCCGCUCCCUCAUCUCUAUCCUGUCUAAGGCCCAGCAGACAGUCCCCUCCUGGUUAGAGGAGAAUGCUUUCAGUGGACCGGACUCUGCGGGACCCUCUAUGAGGGGCUUCGGAGCUAUCGACUCAAGGAAGGUUCGUCCCCAGAGCACAUCCUUCCAGAACGACAGCAAGAGUCAGCCCUCUGCACAGUGCGAUGCAGAGGAGGAGGACUGGGGCUAAAGACUCUUGUGUCAUGUUUUAUUGCUGUUUUGUUUAAAAUAAGCACUAUCAUCCUGUUCAGUUUGAAGGAUGUUUUUCUACAGGCCUUAAUAUUGAAAACUAUUUGGGAAGUUUAUUUUAGUUUGCUUUGUGCUUUAAAUUUUAUAGUGCAUUAUGCAUGUUUUGAAAAACAAAA